CAGAGCCCGGCGAACACAAGAGGUGCACCCAGAGGGCCACUAAUUCCUUCGCAAAACGCGUAGAAGCAGCAGCAGGAGUCGUCGUCCAAAUCUACUUCGACACAAUCGCAGUUGUCUGGUCGCAUUUCUUGCUUUAGUCUAACAUCCUAUCGCUGCAAGUCCGACAACAUGGAGACGCGCACCGCUGUACUUUUAUCGGCCGUUCUGGGCAUGCUGUUGGCCGUCACCUGCUCGCUACCAAUGCCAGAUGAUAAAGAGGGAGAAGAGAAAUCUGCUUUCACUCUGGAAGAGCUAAACUCGACGCUCAAUGAUACGCCUAAGAAUCUCUAUGUGGUCAAGGCUGUCGUUUAUGAAAUCGGCAUUCUUACUGAAGCGGAUGAUAACGAUACCAGUUUCGAGAAUCAGGAGCGUGUGGACUUAACUUUCUUUGAUGCGCACACCAACAAGAGUCACAUCGACUUGGGCAACAUUCCACUGCCCAUCCAGACCAACGUUAGUGGGCAGGUACUUACAGGUAUAGCGCCAGUUAAUAUCGGUGCCUUCAGCAGCCCGCAGGAACUCCUGGAGACUCUGCCACUGACGGGCAGCAUUGUCAACAUCACGCACAGCGACACGGCCUAUUAUCAGUUAUCCAAGUCGAAUGCGACCAAUGCCGAAAAGCCUCAAGUCUUGGACGAAGCAACAUUGGCCAAAUUAACACAUGCGGCCCAGCUCUUCCCACCGACGUCAACUAUUGGUGUCGGCGGGACUGAGAAAGCAAAUGAGGUUGAUGACGAGAAUAACAACUCAAAAAGUUAAGAGAGAAAUACAUAUGUAUAAGUAGAUCUGAAUAUGCAAAUGCAGUGCAUUGUGCUUUAAAUACUAUAAAUGUUAGUAGCAAAUAAUAUACAAUGUAGGAAGUCAGAGUGUUAGAUAAGACUGGAAAUUGCAGGACACAGAAGUCAACCAGUUGCCAUCGUCAUCAAAAGAUUUGAAUUUCAUUUUUGUAAAAAAACAAAUUAAAUUUCGCAUUAGAGCUAUGUAAA